AUGAGGGAAACCCACAAUAUACCUCCAAUGGAACUGGAUACACAUUUGUCCAAAUUCAUGAUAGGCGUCCGGCAAAAAAAUGGUAACAAUUAUCAACCAAGUGUUUUACGAGGGAUGCUGGGGUCCUUUGAGCGAUAUCUCAAAAGACACAGGUAUGGCACUAGUCUCGUCUCAGGAUAUGAAUUUUCCAAAACACGUGAAGUAAUGCAGGCUAAACAAAAGGAGUUGAAAAGGCAGGGCAUGGGUAACAAGCCUUUUGCAGCAGAUGCCAUCACUAACAGUGACAUUGAUUUGUUAUACAAAACUAAACAACUGGGCUGUUCCACACCUGCAUCGUUGAUAAAUACACUGUGGAUGAACAACACUACACAUUUCGGAAUGAGAGGUGGUGGGGAAGAACACAGGGCACUGUGCUGGGGUGACAUCCAACUCCAUUAUGACAAUGACUUGUGUUUAGAAUAUAUUGUUCAUAACGAAAGGCAAACCAAAACACGCACAGGUGAAGACACGAAUAAUACACGAAACGGUCAACCAAGAAUGUAUGAAACCCCCAACAACAAAGAACGGUGCCCUGUUACAGCGUAUAAACAAUACAGCGACAAACGUCCAUCAAACUUUUCCGCACCCCAGCAUCCAUUUUAUUUAGCGACGAUUACUCAUGUCAACAACCCUACCCUUGAUGAUCAAUGGUUUANACCAGGGGUCGACGACAACAAACGCCUAACAAACACCAGCGCACGUAAACAUUUGUGUCAGACACUUUUGGAGAACGAUAUUCCCGACACACAAGCUGUCAUGUUUACCGGACACAAAAACAUUCAGUCACUGAACAAUUAUCGCGUCAUUACGAACAAAAAACAGCACGAAAUUUCGUCUUUGUUGACGAAUGCAUCAACGACAACAGUUGCAGAAUCGCAUUCACAAUCGCUUACCACGUUUAGCUCGUCUGCCUCGAGCAACCGUCCCGCGAUGGCGGCUGACAAAACUUCCAACGUGUCCACGUGUGCAUCCUCGUUAGAGUCAAUUUUCCACAAUUCCAGCAUUUACGGUGGAACAUUCAAUAUACACGUCCAUGAUAAUUCCAAUGAUGGAAACAAACAACAUCCACGAGCUCGGAGGGCUAUCAUCUAUAGCGACAGUGAUGAAGAAUGA